AUGCCUAAAAAACGCGAAACCGUCUCCGAAGAAUCUUUUGAAGAACCAAAGGACAUCGAUCAAGAAGGCGAAGAACAGUACGAUGAGGAGACAGCUGAACAAGUUUUCUUACUGAUAUCAGAACUCGAGAAAUACGGAAUCAAUUCUUCGGAUGUAAAAAAGCUUAUCGAGAACGGAUAUACUACU